AUGUCUAGUAUCCAACCUAUGCCUCAUUUUUCUACAUCACCUUUAAAAGAUAAAGAAAAAGCUCAAAACCCUAAAAAAAAGUAUAAUUGUAAAGAGCCAUCAUUCACUUACGAAUACUUUGAAACAGCAGUCAAUCAAAAAGGUGAAGAAGUACGAGUCUGCAAGGUCAUAAAUGAAGAUGGUGAAAAAUGUAGCACAGAAUAUAAAAAUAUAGGAAGUUUAACAGGAAAUCUUAUCAUGCACCUUAGAGACACUCACGAUAUUGUUUCACAAGAUGAUAGAGAAAAUGUAAAAAAGGUAUUAUAA